CCCGGGAGGGGCCGCUUCCCGCUUGCCGCAGAGGAUUUCGGUGCUGAGGCUCGCGGUGUGCAGCAGCCGGAGGGCACGCGCGGGGUUUGCUGGGGACGUGCAUUCGUUUUCUAAAGAGCCGGGGAGUUGCGAGGCUUGCUCAAGGCCCCGCUGCUCACACGCCUUAAGCUAUGCGUGUACCCCGUACAUAGAUGUCAGAAGACCUUGCUAAGCAGCUGGCCAGCUACAAAGCUCAGCUCCAGCAAGUCGAGGCUGCCUUAUCUGGCAAUGCAGACAAUGAGGAUUUACUGAAACUGAAGAAAGACUUACAGGAAGUCAUAGAGUUAACCAAAGAUCUUCUUUCAACACAACCUUCGGAAACUCUUGCAAGUUCUGACAGUUCUGCCUCUGCCCUGCCCAGUCACUCGUGGAAGGUUGGGGAUAGGUGUAUGGCCAUAUGGAGUGAGGAUGGACAGUGUUACGAAGCUGAGAUUGAAGAAAUAGAUGAGGAGAAUGGAACAGCUGCAGUUACAUUUGCUGGAUAUGGCAAUGCUGAAGUCACACCCCUGUUCAACCUGAAGCCUGUGGAAGAGGGAAGGAAAGCAAAAGAGGACAGUGGCAACAAACCCAUGUCCAAAAAAGAGAUGAUAGCCCAGCAAAGAGAAUAUAAAAAGAAGAAAGCUUUGAAAAAAGCUCAGAGAAUUAAAGAACUUGAACAGGAACGAGAAGACCAGAAAGUCAAGUGGCAACAGUUUAACAACAGAGCCUAUUCUAAAAACAAAAAAGGCCAGGUGAAAAGGAGUAUUUUUGCUUCCCCUGAGAGUGUAACUGGCAAGGUUGGUGUUGGAACAUGUGGAAUUGCAGACAAACCUAUGACACAGUAUCAAGAUACCUCUAAAUAUAAUGUCAGGCAUCUGAUGCCUCAGUAACAGGUGAAAAAGGUGGAACUUCAUCUCUGCAGGGCUUUACACUUACCUUUUUAUCAUUCUAUUUUUCUAAAAGUAAAUUAUUUGUUGGCACAUAGUGAGUAGUCCAUUUUGUCACCAUCACUUUGGCUUCAGCUGAUUUGAGCCUUAAAUCUCCAGCUGUUGAUUUGGGCCCCCCCAACCAUUAAACUUCUUGUAGCAGGUAAUUGCAGCAUAAACUGCUGUUGCCUGUUAUUUUCAAAACUGUAUUUGUUUGCAGCUUUGAAUCUCUCAUUCAUACCAGUAGUGAAGGGUUUUUUUUCCUUUAAAAAAGUGGUGGUAUAAAAAUGGCACCUUGAGAGCCUCCCUGGUUUCUGUAGUCACAGUGCUGUCUGUGACAUGCUCAGUAUUACAGAGCUGCUUCAGCUCUGUGAGAGAGCUUACAUGUCACAUAGAAUUGCUAAGGACGUUUAACUCUGUUACAAAUCCACUGCAGAUUGACUUGUGCAGCUGUAAAUGAGGGCAGAACAGGGCUGAUAGGAUCUUUAUUACAAAUGAUCACUUACAUUCUAGACACAAUAAAUUUUACUGAAUUCCAGUCUAAAUUUCUUGCACUUGCAUUUAAGCAGAGGAGAUGCCGUUUCUUGUUGGUUGUUUUUCUUCAUUUGUGUGUUUUAUAAAUACUCAUCAAAUUAUAAUAGGAAGUUAAUGAAAUGUAACCAGAAAACCAUAGGACAAGGAACUGUACUUAAGAGUCCCCACCCCUCCCCAGGGAUCAGAGCUGGGGUGUCACUGGCUGUGCUGUGGAAAGGAGCUGUGCUGUCCUCCCCUGUAGAUGUUGUAGGUGUGUUGGUACAGUCACAGCACUGACAGCCUGGGCAUGGGCCCCAUCCAGACAAGCAGAAGCACAGCAGAUGCUAAUGCCCAGAUCCCACUUAGCUGUGAGUGAGUAAAGGUUAGUUGGGAGUUUCUGUCCUCACAUAACUGACUGGCCCUAGCGUUCAUUGUACCUUCAGCUGUAUUACAGUGCUGCUGAGCCCCUUCAGUUUUCUUCAGGAAUCCACAUGUAAAAAGCUCUUGCUUUUUUGUACUCUCUGUGAUUUGCCUUCUUCUGUUAUUUGUCUCGCACUUACGGUAGUGAUGCCACCUCUGAACCCGUAAUGUGUUUAAAGAAGUUAAUGGGUAGCCCUGUAUACAAUGUAGAUAUUAUUUUUGUAAAAUCUAGGGGCUGAGUUAAUGGACAAGAGUACAUCAGCUAUUUCCCCCCAUUAAAUAAAAUGAGUGUCUUGUCCAUUAACCCUGACCAUUAUUUCCCUGUAUAUUAUGUUAAUGUAGCUCAUUUUGUAAUUUGUUAACUAGAUCAGGUCACGUCAAUAAUUGUUGAUGCACUGAUUGGUGGAAAUGUCCAUCAGUUACCUGAGUCACAACUCAAGUUAAACUCUACAAGCAGUAGUUUAGAAUCCAUACAUAGAAAAAGGUUCUCCCUAUAAUGGGAGAAGGUGAUUUUUAUGAAUACAAAGUGUGUUAAUUUCAGUUUUGUAUGUUUAACUUUUAUUAAAUAAAGUGUUUAAAAUCUGCUGGA